CCUUUGUCCGACCCUGUGGUCUGUCGAGGGUUUCACAAGCCAGGCUGUGAACGGGCACAACUUGACCAACCCGCUGCAGCCCGUGUACCUGGGCAAUGAAACACAUCAAUUUAAAGUGCCCUCGCCCCGCAACCAGUUAUGUAACGAGGAGGCUGAUGGCAAUGGAUGAAGUUUCCCUUUAAAUUGUGCGAGCUUGGCUGGCCGCCAGCAUGUACAGGCUUAAGGAGAUAGUAGUUGUUUUACGAAUCCCACAGGCGCAAGAUUGAGAACUGACUAUUUCUGUGCUCGCCUCAAGGGACAGUGUGACACCGUUUGAAGUUGGUCCCAGAAGUGUUAAGAACAACAACACAACUUGGACAAGAAGGAGCAAGCUGGCACAGUUUACAGCUCUGGUCAUUAAUCCAGGUCACCCUUGCAAGGCACUUAGAGCAGCAAGGCACUCCCACACUAAAAGACAACAGUCCAAGGAUCAGAACAACAUUGUUGACCAAGUGAGAAGCAGCACAAAGAAUGGAUUUCGGAAAUGAAUCUUUGGACAUUGACGAACCCGACUUUCUGGAAUAUUCUGACUGGUACAUAGAUGACGGUUUGGAUCCCACCUCCCCUCCUGCAGAUGUAACAUCCUGUGAUCCCACCAUCCCAGUUGAUUUAUAUCAUAUGUGUGCAGCAGGUGCAUCUUUUGCGGUGCUGGUGUUCCUGUCCUUCCUGGUGAAGCGGAGACGUUUGUGCAAGGGCUGCUGUGGUGGAGCCCCCGGCUUGUUGCAUCCGGUUGGUUUCCUUGAAUGUGACUACCAUAGAGGAAUUGCUGCAGCUGUGUUUGGAGUGCUCUUUUGUUCCCUAUGUAUGGUGGUUCUUGAUGACAAUCCCUUGCCCUUCAUCACAAAAUCCCCACAGGAGACCAAAGAGUACUGGAAGAUCACUGCCUUGCUUUACUACCCAGUCUUAUACUAUCCUCUACUUGCAUGUGCAACAGUCAAGGGGAAAUUGGGUUACCUGCCUGGCAGCCUCCUAUCUUGGCUACACUUUAGCAUUCUCCUUUGCCAGAAAGUUGAAUGUCCUUUAUCACCCAAGUUGUACAAAUACUAUUCACUGCUGAGAAGUCUGCCCCAGCUUUUGUGUCUGGCAUUUCUAAGCCUCGUUUAUCCUUUGUUGCUGGUGAGGAGCGGCAAGACAUCACGAAAUCUGCCCUGGCAUCGGUGUCCAGCUAAUAAAUAUUACACUGAUUACCUAAAGAUCCUAUUGAGAAAGAAACCGCCCAGAAACAGUGUCAGCACUGGUCAGCUAAGCCUCUGGCCCAGGAUAAAGACACUGAUGCGAUCGUACAUCUAUGUGCCAAUGGAAGGGUUCAGAAUUCCAACGAGCCUGGUUGUAUCAAUGACUGUGGCAAUUGUUUCUAUCUAUCAGUUUGCCCUUCUGCUCGUGGUAUAUGUUGUCCCCACUCUACAGAAGAUGCGGGCUGGAAUCCAAGAGCAGAUAUCCUAUACACUCGAAGGAUUUGGCGUCAAUCUUUCAGAAAAUAGGAGUGAAGUUAUCAAUAUUGUCAAAUAUUACAUUUGGACCGUGGAAGUGUGUUAUGUGUCUGCAGUGAGCGUGUCCUGUUUCUUCACACUUUCUACUUUAAUGAGGUCAAUGGUUUUACACAGGGACAACCUUCAGGCUCUUCAUAGAGGUGACACACAAAAGGUCUGCAACCAGAAGAGGUACAUCAGGCCCUCGCAGUCUGCCAUCGUUUGUUGGAUGAGCUUCACCAGUUACCAGGCCGCAUUCGUCUGUUUAGGCCUCCUCAUUCAGCAGCUGGUAUUCUUCAUCUGUUUCCUACUGUUUGCCUUUCUUGUCGUUGUCCCCAUCCUCUACGGACAAAAACUGAUCAUCUUCAGGGUCCUGGAGAACAUGUGGCCCUUCUGGUUAACAUUGAUCCUGGUCGUGUUGAUUCAAAACUUAACAGCUCGAUUACUGUUCCUUCAGAAGGAUGGGAAGCAAUUAAGCAUCACUAAUAGACGAAGCCUGUACAUCUUCACGUAUCUGCUUUUCACUUACAAUGUCCUGAUCGGGGUCAUUGCUGGUGUGUGGAGAGUGGUCUUUACAGCUCUGUACAACAUUGUUCAUUUUUGUCGAUUAGACCUUGGCCUUAUAAAUCGUGGAGCGGAGUUUCUUGACCCAGGCUAUCGCUGUUACUCUAACUUCCUGGAGGUGGAGGCCAGUCAGUCCCACCCAGUGAUGAAAGCUUUUUGCUUCCUCCUACUCAAAUCCCAAAGUUCUGGGAGAAGCUGCAAUGAUAGAGGCAAAUCUGUUGAAGAAGGAAUUCAGUUGGUGCCCGAUCAGAAAUGUACGAAGAUGACAAAGUCCAAACGAGCUCUGGCAAGAUGGUGCUUGACGUACACCCUCCUAAACAAUCCUUCGUUGGUUAACUGCAGGAGGUCCACAGUUUGCUCACCUACUAAUAUAAUUACAAAUGGGGAGCUGAAAAGUUCUUCCAAACUCAGCACAAAUAUUUUUGUUAAAUCUGAACUGCGUGAAAAGUCAUAAGAUCCUGUAUAAAUCAGUGUUCCUCAUUGAUACAAUCCAGGAGGCUAAUCAUUUAUCUAUACAGUUUGAAAAAAAAACACCUUGCAUUGGUUGCACACAUCAUGACUACACAUUACUUCCUGUUGCAAUGAUUGGUCAUAUUUCCCAAUUAGCAUUUGCCAUGACAACAGUCACAGUGUAGUUAGAGUUGGCCAGUAGGUAGCUAUAUGGUCAUUUUUUUAGUGGUUGUGCAUUUGUAACAUGGUUUACUUGCUUUUCUAAUUAUUGGACUUUGUUACUAAUGGUUAAGUGGACUCGUUUUGAAUUUUUACACACAACCACUGAGAUAACGAGUCACUAUAGAGAGCUUACGCUAUGUAUUUGAGUGCAGCUUGCACUCUAAACAGCUAUAGCAAAUCUCCCCAAGUGUCAUCAAUUAUUAUGUGUCAUAAAUAUUUUUAAAAUGAAAGCUAUUCUGUUCUGCAGUUGUAAGAAUCUGGGUUUACUAGUUUAGGAAUUGUUAAAAUAACAUGCAAAGUUUUGAAAUCUUGACAUUUCUAAAAUGCCAAGAAUUAUAGAAAAGUUUAACCUCUCUCCUGCAUAAUUUAUAUCAGUAACCUUUCUUUCUUUGCAGCUUUAUUGCCUGUGAUUACUGCUCCUGCAAUGUAAUUGCAGCUCAAUGCACAGAAUAUAAUGGCAGGAAUGUCCUACUCUUAUGCCGAGGGAAUUGGAAAUGAGUUUUAAUUUGGAAAUGAAGCCGGGCACUCUUAUGGCUCAUCACCAUGUGUGACUCUGAUCAAAAGUCUGAAUUCUUGCAUUCUGGCAUAGCAUACAACAAAACCCAUCACUAGGUAAAUUUGGGAAUGAUCUCAGCCAGAUGUCCCUUGCUGAGAUGAUUCAAAACUGAUCUGAGGGUUAAAAUGUUGCUAUUAAAUUUAUACAUGCCAGAGUGUCAUUGGCCAUUUGAGAUUUGAUAAAUAACUUACCUUUGCUUGAAAGGGAGCUUGGUGCUAAGAGGUUGCCAAACCCAUCAAACUCUCUGCCUCCAGUGUUUCAAACUAAUUUGAGGGUCCUGGCUUUACGGCAAUUGAUGAAACCCCUUUAGAUCCAUGUAGACCCAUCAAAUCCUGCACAACCAUGUGAAAAUCAAGGCAAAACCACAGGUUACCUGAUUAAACUAGAAGCUGCAGAGUCUUGUGGCAUUGCUGAAUAAAAUAACAUGUUGUUGAAGCUUCAUUAGGACAGGUACAAGAAUGACAAAUUUCAAA